CUGAGGCCAAUCCAAAGUUCUUCCGAGGGUGCAGAGUGCUGGCCAGAAGAGAGAUGGAUGGUUUUUACUACCAGGGUACUCUGCUACAUCAAGCAGAGGUGGUUUGCUCACUGGACAUGGUCAAUGACAGCAGAGCUCAAACACACGCUCUGGUACCUGGUGAUGUUGUCCUGUCACCAUGGGAACCAGAUCUGAAAAGAUAUGGUCCAGGUCGAGUGAUGACAGCUACAGUGUGCAGAGUUGAUUAUGUGACAAACCUCAGAGUGCUGAUGUGGAACGGCUGUGCGCCUUUGGUUCCUUACAGCAUGGUUUGGCCCAUUUCUGCUUAUCAAUAUGAUAGACUAGUGAGGGAGCUCCAUGCUCCAUCAUCGGCUUCUAGUCGAUGCUGCAGCUGGCUUUCUACCCACAAAUCCGCUGUCCCUCCCCAGCUGUCCUUCACCAACUGCAGCCAGUCAGCAUCAGCUUCAUGCUGCUCUCCAGAAACAAACAACCUGCCCUGUGUAGUUUCACCCUGCUGUAGGUCCAUCCUCAGAGAGUUGGAAAGAUUUGCCAGAACAGGACAACAUAGGCAGGUAGACCUCGGAAAUACAGAUUCUAGAAAGAGUGACUCUGAAGCUCCAUCCUCCCCUUCUUCAUCUCCAUCUGUAGAUGAGGCC